AUGGCUUUCACAGCCGCUCCUCAGGCUUCACACGCUUUCUUACUUGGGAGCCCAACAACAACAGCAGCAACAAGAAGAGGAGCAAGAAGAGCAACAACUAGAAAAGCAACAACCCAUGUCAGAUUACAAGUGUCAGCAUCACAAGGGCCAAGCAAGCCUGAGAGGGCCCCACCAGGAGUUGAUACAAGAAUCCAUUGGGAGAAUGAGGAUGAAGGUUGGAUUGGAGGAAGCAAUGCAAGUAGCAGCAGCAAAGCACAGCAGGCACAAGCAGAGCAAGAGCAGCAGAGCAAUCACUUGGAAGACAAGUUUGCUGAUUUGCUGAAUGACUCAAUUUCUGAUUCUCAUUACCAGUUCUUAGGAGUAUCAGCAGAGGCUGAUCUAGAAGAAAUCAAAGCUGCUUACCGAAGACUAUCCAAAGAGUACCAUCCAGACACCACUUCUCUUCCCCUAAAGACUGCGUCUGACAAAUUCGUGAGGCUAAGAGAAAUUUAUAAUGUGUUGAGCAACGAAGAGACCCGUAGAUUUUACAACUGGACACUUGCUCAAGAGGCUGCAAGCCGCCAAGCAGAAAUAAUGAGAAUGAAGUUGGAGGAUCCUUAUGUGAAAGAAGUAGAGAAGUACAAACCUGUGCCGGAUAUGGUUGAUCGUCUAGGUGGAAGGAACAUGGCGCUGGGCGAUCAAGCAAUGACUGCUCUCACCAUUGAUGUUUUCAUUAUCAUUUUUGCUAUUUGUUGUAUCAUAUUUGUGAUCUUCUUCAAAGAGCCAUAUUACUAG